GGCCGGCCUCGCGGGAGCACAGGCGCCGAUUGGCCCCGCAGCGCGCAGCCUGAUCACGUGGGGCAGCGUCGACCGGCGCGGGGGAUGCUGGAGGCCAAGAUGGCGGCCGAACUGGUGGAAGCGAAGGUGAGAAUGCGAAAGGGUGCGCGGCGGCUGCGGGAUACCGGUGUCCACGCGGGCCGGCCAACGGCACGGGGACCCAGCACCUUCCCCGUGUGUUACCUGGGGGCGGGGAGCGGCCUCGCGGCUCACACCAUGGCCGUGCCCACUCACUGCCGUUAUAUGGAUAGCAGCACCUCCCAGGGAUCAGUGCUGGCCGGGGGGAGAGAGAGGGGGGGGAGAGAGUGUGACCCGGAUACAUUUAUAGAGAGAGAGAGAGAGCUCCCUUUACAGAGCUCCCUCUACAGAUAGAGAGAGCUCCAUUUACAGAUAUAGAGAGAGCUCCCUUUACAGAGCUCCCUCUACAGAUAUAGAGAGAGCUCCAUUUACAGAGCUCCAUUUACAGAAAUAGAGAGAGCUCCAUUUACAGAUAGAGAGCUCCCUUUACAGAUAGAGAGCUCCCUUUACAGAUAGAGAGCUCCCUUUACAGAUAGAGAGCUCCCUUUACAGAUAGAGAGCUCCCUUUACAGAUAGAGAGCUCCCUUUACAGAUAGAGAGAGCUCCCUUUACAGAUAGAGAGAGCUCCCUUUACAGAUAGAGAGAGCUCCCUUUACAGAUAGAGAGAGCUCCCUUUACAGAGCUCCCUUUACAGAUAGAGAGAGCUCCCUUUACAGAGCUCCCUUUACAGGUAGAGAGAGCUCCCUUUACAGAGCUCCCUUUACAGGUAGAGAGAGCUCCCUUUACAGAGCUCCCUUUACAGGUAGAGAGAGCCCCCUUUACAGAGCUCCCUUUACAGGUAGAGAGAGCCCCCUUUACAGAGCUCCCUUUACAGGUAGAGAGAGCCCCCUUUACAGAGCUCCCUUUACAGGUAGAGAGAGCCCCCUUUACAGAGCUCCCUUUACAGGUAGAGAGAGCCCCCUUUACAGAGCUCCCUUUACAGGUAGAGAGAGCCCCCUUUACAGAGCUCCCUUUACAGGUAGAGAGAGCCCCCUUUACCUCCCUUUACAUGUAGAGAGAGCUCCCUUUACAAAACUCCCUUUACAUGUAGAGAGAGCCCCCUUUACAAAACUCCCUUUACAUGUAGAGAGAGCCCCCUUUACAAAACUCCCUUUACAUGUAGAGAGAGCCCCCUUUACAAAACUCCCUUUACAUGUAGAGAGAGCCCCCUUUACAAAACUCCCUUUACAUGUAGAGAGAGCCCCCUUUAUAUAUAGAGCUCUAUAUCUCUCCUGUAUAUCUGGAUGUGAUGGCAGGGACACUAAUGAUAUAAUAAGCUUUACACUGGGUGCCAUAGAGCUAGUUCCAGGUGCCAUCACUGUAUAUUCAGUGUUGGGAUGUUCAUUUAAUGAACUGAUAAUUAACUAGUCCCACAGGUUAGUUAUAGCUACACUGACUAGUCCCUCCCAUUUUAGUUAUAGCUACACUGACUAGUCCCUCCCAUUUUAGUUAUAGCUACACUGACUAGUCCCUCCCAUUUUAGUUAUAGCUAUACUGACUAGUCCCUCCCAGGUUAGUUAUAGCUACAUUGACUAGUCCCUCCCAUUUUAGUUAUAGCUACAUUGACUAGUCCCUCCCAGGUUAGUUAUAGCUACACUGACUGGCCUCCCUCCCAGGUUAGUUAUAGCUACACUGACUGGCCUCCCUCCCAGGUUAGUUAUAGCUACACUGACUGGCCUCCCUCCCAGGUUAGUUAUAGCUACACUGACUGGCCUCCCUCCCAGGUUAGUUAUAGCUACACUGACUGGCCUCCCUCCCAGGUUAGUUAUAGCUACACUGACUGGCCUCCCUCCCAGGUUAGUUUUAGCUACACUGACUAGUCCCCCCCCCCCCCAGGUUAGUUAUAUCCAGCAUUUAGAAUCCGUGUCGAUAUAACUUACCUGGGGGACUAUCUGCCCUGGGUCACCAAGGUCUACUAGUCCAAGCCAUAGCCUCCCCUCCUUUUUUUUUUUCCUUUCAAUUUAUCUGCUCUUUUUCAUAAGUGGUUUAACUGGCUUUCCUUUAUUUCUUUUGUCAUAUUUGACUAAAAUCAUCUUAGGUACUUUGGCUAUCGUUCUUUUACAAAACCGCAUGCUCUUGUAGUAAAUUGAACUAUUUUAAACAUUUUUGAAUUGUUUCUCUGGGAAUGUUUCAUUAUUAUUUUCAAUGUAAAAAAAAAACAAUUCUAGAGUUAAAGUAACUGUUAAUGCUAUGUUUAAACUAUAUAGUUUGUGUAAAUUAUAGUAUUACCGUAACAUGUUUCUGCUAUAGAUGGCUCAGGUGAAGGCAAACAAAUUCUCUAGUGGUUUAAUUCUUGCUGCUGAAUCUCUUCCACCUGUGUGUUGUUGCUCUUUUAAGUGUAUCUGUCACUUGCUUUCAUUAGCCUUUGCGUAUUUUGCAAGACACCCCCUCCCUUCCCACAGGUGACAUGCCUGCUUGUAUAGCGGAAGGUGGGAAGUUACAGGAGGAUUUACUUACAAUGUAGUCUCCAUUUGCUUUGUCUUUUGAAUGUAUUGGACAUUCAUUUCUUUAAAAUUUAAGGGGUGCUUGUAAAGCUUUUUAUUUUAUUUUUUUGCAAAUCAAAAGUAAACUUACCAGAAAAGGAUUUAAAUCAUGCAUAAACAAGGUGAUGGCACCAUAAUCUUGGUACUGAGCCCCAAGUGCUUAUGGUGUUUUGGAGUUUCCCUGGAUCAAAAACUCUUAUCUUGUGUUAAUCAUCCAUGUGAUCAUCAAAAGAAACAUUUUAAAGUACGUAACUUUUUUACAUUAAAGAUAUACUAAGCACCAUAACACCAGCUUUUUCAAAUGGUUAUGGUGCAGUGACUCUCUCGUUAAUUGUAGCAUUUUUCUUUUAGCUAUGCCAAUACAGAGAUUACUUUGGAUGUAACUCCAUGUCUGGCAGUUGGAAUCAGUCACCACGGAACCAUAGUUCAAAGUUAGCUAUACAGUAUUUGUGCAAUACUGCAACGAUCAGUUUGUCUAUUUCCACCAUUUAUAAUUUGUACAUCCGUCGGUAUCUUCCUAUGAUUUUUGUUAAAUUUUUUUAUUGUGCUAAUCUAUUUCAAGAGGAGUGUACCACUCUCAAGUCACACAACUGCUACAGAUUUGAGCUAAUCUUUCAUAGGCUCUGUUAUGCGUGUGUGCCAAUUUUAGUAUUUAUGUUCAUGAAUUGAGAAAUUACACACGAAAAAGAAUCUAUACAAUGCAAUAUACUUUGAGUACAUUCCAUUAGUUUAAUUUCUGUGUAUAGGGUAUGUGGGUUUAUCUCGCAUCCAAUACACUGUAUGUAUACACUUCCAAUUUCUUAGCACUCCACUUACAUACCAGUGUCUGGCUGUGUCAUCUUGUCACUCAGUAUAUUGACUAUAGAUCUUGUCUUUUUAGUCUGGCAUAAGAGAAGGACCCGCACAAGUGUUGAAGCAGAAUUAUUUGGUUAUAUUCAAUGUAGGGUGCUUACUGGGGCUUCGGGAGUUUGUCUGUAGUUGAGGUGCUGUGAAUGCCAAAACCCCUGAAAAAGAACAUUUCAGUCCUAUAACCACGUAAUCUCAAUGACAUUGUAGAACCUGGAGUCUCUGGUGUCAUCUUAUCUUAGUGUUAAAAACCAUGUUCUAACGGUUUAACACUAAAGUUCUGAACUACGGCGUCAAUCAUGCUACCUUCUUUCUUCAUCUGAUGCUCUCAGCCGAUCACUGACUGCCAAGCAAAGCUUUCUUAGUAAGGUGGUCAAGGGGAAGACCGAUGGGAUGACGUGAAAGGUGUCCAGGAUAUCCACUUGCUACUUAAAAGUGGCUUAACGGUCCUAAAGACUCCAGACCCCAUAACAACUUCAUGAGAUUAAGUUAUGGGGUCUGAGUGGCCCUUUAUUACAAACAAGAAAAGUGAAAAGGUCUUUAAAGGUUGCCUCCUGUUCCUAUUACAUAUGCUCUUUUUACAGAACAUCACAUUUUGCCCAUAUAUUUCGCUAGCAAAUGUGUAGCUUGGGAGAAAAUCCUAUUUAAAAAUAAAUCUUUCUCCCACUUGGCAGUUAUAUUUUCGGCAUAGACUCUGCAGAAUAGUUGACAUGGGAGAGCAGAAAAAAGAAUCUCUAUUCUGCUCUCGGUACAGAACAACCACAACUUCCUGACCGUCACUAGAGGCAUUCUGACUGGCUACUUUAACUUUAAAUGUUAAAUUCACUUUUAAUUUCUGACAGUUCUCACUUUGCAUAGCCCUGGCAGAUUUCACAUAUUUUUGGUGCUAUUGGUCAGGAUCCUGGAUAUGCAAAGCUUUAAAUCAGUCUCUGCAACCCUAAAAAAAAAAUCAGAAAAAAAUGCUUUUACAUCCAGAUCUCUGCUCCUUUUUUAGUAGCAGUUGGAGAAUUAUUACACUAGCAAGUAUGUUUGCAUGAUGAAUGUGUGAGUGUGGAUAAUGUGGGCUUGCAAGAAGUAAUUGGAUAUAUUUAAAUGUAUGGCUAACUAUGCUUGUGUGUGCUGUCGGCAAUAUAAACUUUGCCUUCCAAAUUCUAUGAAAACUUGACAGGAUAUGAAAGUUGCUAUUCACCAUUGGUAUGUGAAGGAGUUUAAGCGUCAUCACUGACACAUACCAACACUGGCCACCUAGUGAAAGGGAAGUUUUCUGGGGCCCCCUCCCCCCCCCCCAACACACACACACUCAAUGGCAAAAGUAAGCACACUGGUGGGGUCUUUAAUAAACAAAUGGGAUGGGUUUAAGGCAACGGUCAUACAUGCAGCCAUAUGCAUAUAUCUCAGUGGUCUUGGGUGCUCCCAAUUUGCGCCGCUACAGUCCAUAAUGAAUGCGACGGCGAGGCUCAUCUUCCUGUCCGCCUGCACCUCCCACGCCUCCCUCUUUUGUCAGUUCCUACAUUGGCUUCCUGUAAGAUAUAGGGCUCAGUUUAAAAUUCUGGUUCUUGCUUUCAAAUCUCUUCAUAAGGCUGCUCCCACCUAUCUGUCCUCCCUAGUACGUAUGUAUGUCCUGUCUAGGCCCAUACGCUCUGCUGAAGACUUACGUCUAUCUUCUGUCCGUACUCCCACCUCUGAUGCUCACCUUCAAGACUUCUCGAGGGCUGCACUGUUCCUGUGGAACUCGUUUUCCUCCGUUAGAUGCUCACCCAGUCUCCACUCUUUCAAAAAAUCAUUAAAAACCCACUUCUUCAUAAAAGCGUAUCAAUUAAACUGUUAAUGUCUCCCGACUGAUUCCUCUCUUGCAACUGUCACUAGUCUAAUACUAUCCUUACCUUUUUGUGUCACUUUACCCCACUCCCACUAGCAUGGGCCCUCAACCCCUUUGUUCCUGUGUCCAUCUUGUCUGGUUACAACUACAUGUCGGUUCGUCCACCCAUUGUAAAGCGCUGCUGAAUUUUAUGGCGCUAUAUAAAUUACAUAAUAUGCAGACUGAAUUUGAUGUCCUAUCUCUUUCUUGCAGUGUGUUCGUUUAGAUUACAGUAUUUAAGUGAAAGAGGAAAAGCUCUCUGCUAUUGCAUUAAAUGGAGAUGACGCUUUAGGUUUAAAAGCAUUGGGAGACUAUUGCACAUGCAUGUCAAAAUGCAUCUCCUCAUAGAGAUGUAUUUGAAUGGAGACGCAGCACACUGUGCAGUACUGGACUAGGAAGCACGUCUUAGUGACUGUCACUAGAGAUUUCUAGACAGCAAUGUAAAAAGGCAGUGUUUACAUUGAAAAACUUGCAGAAACAGGCUAUGAACAUCUGUAGUGUCCCUUAAGAAUUGUAUUUUUGUUGCUGAAAAUAAAACUGGUUUCUAGUUUGUUUUUUUAUAAAUUUAUUUUUUUGUGGCUAACUCCUAGAUUCCAAGUAAAUUUGUCACGCCCUGCCUUUGGGGUUCUUGCAAAUUAUGCAAAGACCCCAGAUGGUGACAGUGCCACUUUAAGAUUGUGAACUGGGUUAGUUGAUGGAGUAAAAUAAAUGUAUCACAUUUGAGAUACCAUGAAGCCUAUGAUUCAGGGGUGGCUUUAAUAUAUAUAUAUAUAUAUAUUUUUUUUUUAUUAUUAUAUAUAUAUUUUUUUUUUACACAGUGGUUUCUCACAACAAACUGUUACUCUCUUUCAGAACAUGGUAAUGAGUUUCCGGGUAUCAGACCUGCAAAUGCUUUUGGGAUAUGUUGGUCGUAGUAAAAGUGGUUUGAAACAUGAGCUUGUGACACGGGCCUUGCAGCUUGUGCAGUUUGAUUGCAGCCCAGAAGUCUUUAAGAAAAUAAAAGAGCUCUACGAGACACGCUACUCUAAGAAAGGCCCCGAGACAGUCUCUGCUGCUCCUGCACAGCAUCCUGUACAGAGUCGGUCUCCUGAAUCCCUGCAAAUGCAUGCCUCCUAUGACCAUGGAUCUUCAGGCACAAGGACUUCACUCUCUCCUCCUAACAUGGACUACCCAUCUCUGUAUGGAAAACACGUUAAUGGCCUGUCUAGGAUACCACCCAAAGUCUUGACUAAACCUGAGGUGCGCCUAGCCAAGCUGCCUUUUUACGAUGUGGUGGAUGAACUUUUAAAACCAACAGAAUUAGGUAAGUAAUCAUAUUUUGGCUGUUACCAACAUUUUAAUUUGGAUUAAAUAUAUAACAUAAAAAGGACUGUUUCUUUAAAGGGAUAUUCUAAGCAUCAAAACAAUUUGUUUAAUGAAGCAGGUUUGGUGUAUGAUCAUACCCCUGCAAUCUCACUGCUCAAUUCUCUAUUUAGUGGUUAUCACUAUUUUUCCUGUUCAUGCAGCCCUAGCCCCUGGCUGUGACUCACUGUCAACCUAGGAAAAAUCAGAUGUAUGCUUGCUUUAGAAGUUUAUUCCCUGCUCUGUAAUUUGAACAUUUUCAAACACAGGAGGCUCCUGCAGGGUCUACAAGGCUAUUAACACAGCAGGACAUAAUUUCUAAAUUAAACAGAAUGUGCAAUAAAGGAACUGUAAAUAUUCGAUUUAUCUUUACAGGAAGUAUUUAGAAAGAAUGAAUGUCAGAAUAGAGCAGUGAGACUGCCGCUGCGUAAUUUAUACACCAAAACUACUUCAUUAAGCUUAGGUUUUUCUGGUGCCUAUAGUGUCCCUUUCAUACAGGGCAGCUAAUGCCUUGAUUUAUGCCUGAUAGUAACUAGCAAGUUACGUACAGAGCCAGGAAGUUGUGUGCUCAGUGUUUCCUGUUUCAGUACCCACUGUUGUCCAAACCAAAACUUGGGGCAGGCAAAGGUGAUCAGCUGGAAAUCUACACCAGAUGGCUAGAAACUCUCUGAUAAUUAAACCUAGGGGAGAUUAUUUUAUUGUUUUAGUAAAUGUAUGUGGUUAUCACAAAUAUAGGUGGCAGAUAGUGCCACCCAGUAAUGCCAUCAAGAGAGGCUAGGCAGUGAAUAAUCUCUUAAAACAGUUUUAUCAGAUUUAUGAUGAGUGAUAUGUGGGGCAUUUAAGUCUUUGAGUACCAAGGCCACCAGAGGCCUGGCCGGUAUUAAGAAUUUUGCAAUCCCUAGCAUGAUCAUAUGAUUCCAAACAGGGCAAGUUAUAAAUCGUACUUUCUUAUACCUAUAUGAAAGGGGAAUAAAAUGCAAGGAUUCAUCCCCUCCCGAUUAUCCUAAAACAAAUUGUGUGCGACAAAUAUGAUUAAACACACUGCAAACAUGAUUUAAAAAAAAAAAAAAAUUGUGUGUUUUUUUUUUUUUCAGAUUUAGAAAAUGUUCUAUGCAUUCAAUUUUAAUUCAGGCAGGUACUUUCCAAAAUUGGGUGCGCUGAGGGGUAUAAGUGCAAUGGCAGUUGAUGAGCUCAUUUAGAGAAAGGAAAAAAAACCCAAACGUAUAUUUUAUAUGUAUGCUGUUGUGCACUAGUCUUUGACAGGUGUGAGAAAAUGAUUUCAAGUAAAAAUACAUUUAAAAAAAUAUAUUAAAGGGACACUAUAGGCACCCAGACCACAUUGCGGGGUUAGCUCCAACUCUAGUGGCUGUCUAUCACCAUAAUUUGAUUUGAAACGGUCAUGGUGCCUGGAGUCUGUAUGUGCAGUGUCUUGCUAUGAAAUAAUGCAUAUAAAGAGUGUAACCCCUCUUCAGCUGGAGGUCUAACUGCACUACCAGCAGCAUCAUUGGAGCAUAAUCAGCCAGCCCAGAACAAGAGUUCCAGGUGACUGUUAAUUCUGUGCAUAUUAGAUGUGUGACAUUAGCAUGCUCACGACAGGUGUCUUAUGGUGGCCUAGCCCUCACUGCAAUCAAUCUCCUGCUGGGGGGUGACAUCCAUCCCCCUCCCGGAGCAGUGGCCCAACUUCAUUUGUGGAAAUGCAGGCCUCUUUGUUCUGCUCUUCAGUCCAAGCAGACUUAUUCACUAAAGUGAUAAUUAUUGGGGACUCGCAAUGAAUUCAAUGUGAAUUUACCAUUGUAGGCCAAAAUAUCUAAACUGGAAGCAUAGGUGACCCGGAGAAUUUUCUUAGUUGAACACGACUUCUGACCAGACCCUGAGCACUCUGGUCCAAAUAAUGUUUGCCAAUUUUGAGAUGAUGGCACUGCUGGAUGUCAUCUGAGGGCAACUGGAAGAAUUGUAUCCACAAUCUUUGACCUUUUCUUUGUUCUUCUUCACCCCCUUCCCCCAAAGCAGCCUCACCUUGUUACAUAGAAUGUGACGGCAGAUAAGAACCAUUCGGCCCAUCUAGUCUGCCCAAUUUUCUAAAUACUUUCAUUAGUCCCUGGCCUUAUCUUAUAGUUAGGAUAGCCUUAUGCCUAUCCCAGGCAUGCUUAAACUCCUUUACUGUGUUAACCUCUACCACGUCAGCUGGAAGGCUAUUCCAUGCAUCCACUACCCUCUCCGUAAAGUAAUACUUCCUGAUAUUAUUUUUAUACCUUUGUCCCUCUAAUUUACGACUGUCCUCUUGUUGUGGUAGUUUUUCUUCUUUUAAAUAUAGUCUCCUCCUUUACUGUGUUGAUUCCCUUUAUAUAUUUAAAUGUUUCUAUCAUAUCCCCCCGUCUCGUCUUUCCUCCAAGCUAUACAUGUUAAGAUCCUUUAACCUUUCCUGGUAAGUUUUAUCCCGCAAUCCAUGAACCAGUUUAGUAGCCCUUCUCUGAACCCUCUCUAAGUUAUCAAUAUACUUCUGAAGAUACGGUCUCCAGUACUGUGUACAAUACUCCAUGUGAGGUCUCAGCAGUGUUCUGUACAAUGGCAUGAGCACUUCCCUCUUUCUACUGCUAAUACCUCUCCCUAUACAACCAAGCAUUCUGCUAGCAUUUCCUGCUGCUCAUUACAUUGUCUGCCUACCUUUAAGUCAUCAGAAAUAAUCACCCCUAAAUCACUUUCCUCAUAUGUUGAGGUUAGGACUCUAUCAAAUAUGCUGUACUCUACCCUUGGGUUUUUACGUCCAAGAUGCAUUAUCUUGCACUUAUCCACAUUAAAUUUCAGUUGCCACAAUUCUGACCAUUUUUCUAGUUUACCUAAAUCAUUUGCCAUUUGGCUUAUCCAUCCUGGAACAUCAACCCUGUUACAUAUCUUAGUAUCAUCAGCAAAAAGACAUACCUUACAAUCAAGACCUUCUGCAAUAUCACUAAUAAAAAUAUUAAAAAGAAUUAUAUUGUUAGCAGAGUUCAGCUAUCCCUCAUCCAGUGUUAUUCAUCCUACACAGUUCUUUCUGUUUCACUUAAUGAUUGUGUUUCAACCUACAUAUUACAUUUGUACCAGAUUACAAAAUCGCUGAAUUUGUGCAAGUGUACCUAGAAGAACUUCAGACGCUGCGUGAAAUAUUGCAAGAUAAGUGACAUUGUUUACUACAUAAAGCUGUAAAUUGCUGUUGCAAUAUGGUUAUGUGCAAGCUAUGCAUCCUUUGCUUCAAAAGGUUUGGGAGAGGGAACUUUGGUUUGGACGUUACUUUGUCAGUUACUAGUUUGACAGGCUGCAGCAGAUACGUCUGUGUGCAAAUGCCGUGUAACAAAUGGAUUCCUCAUGGCAAGAGCAGCCCGUUUGUGACUCUCGCCAAUACAGUGGGAUUUGGACCUUACUGCAAGCUAGCAGCUAGUCAUCAUCAACGCUACGGAAUUUGCUGGCGCUAUAUAUAAGUACAAUAAGUUACAGAACGCACUGCUAUUCUCUCCCGUCAGCAGUUUUUCAUGACAACCAGUAAAGCUCGCAGUGUGACCUGAGCUGCUAUUGGUGUAAAGAGAUCAGCUUUAACCCCUUAAGGACCAAACUUCUGGAAUAAAAGGGAAUCAUGACAUGUCACACAUGUCAUGUGUCCUUAAGGGGUUAAAUGGUCACCAAGUACAUAAACUUAAAGGGACACUGUGGUCACCACAACUUCAGCUUAAUGAAGCAGUUUUAAUGUAUAUAUCGUGCCCCUGCAAUAUCACUGCUCAAUUUUCAGCCCUUUAUGAGUUAAAUCCUUUGUAUAUGGUGCCCUAGGCACAUCUCCCUGCAAGUAACACACACAACCUUCCUGUAAAGUGAAAUCUAAUGUUUACACUUUAUUGCACUGUCUGUUUAAUUUAGAAAUUAUCUCCUUCUCUGUUAAUAGCCAUUUAGAUGGUUUUUGUGUGAGAAAUUUACAGAGCAGGAGAUAAUUUUAUAAGUUUAGAACAUCUGAUUGAAAAUGAAACCAUUUUGUUUUUAUGUAGGCGGUGAGACUGCAGGGUUAUGAUCUAUAUACUAAAACUGCUUCAUUAUGUUAGUUAUUUUGAUCCUUAUAGUGUUCCUUUAAUGAAGUAGUUUUGGUGGAUAGGUCAUGUGACUGCAGUGUUACUGCUCAAUUAGGAGUUAAAUCACUUUUGUUUCCAUCUAUGCUGCCCUUGCCACACCUCCCCUGACUCUGUCUUACACAGCCUUCAAGGAAAAACAAUGUUUACAGCGCAAUGUGUUUAACAGACCAGGAGAUAUGGAUUUUUAAAAGUAAAGAACCACUAUAGGCACCCAGACAAUCUCAAUUACUUGGUCUGGGUUAAGUGGCCCUGUUGUUGUGGUCCGGCAGUGUAAACUAUUGCUGUUUUGUAGAUAUAUCAAUGUUUACGUUGCAGGCCUAACACAAACCUCUUGUGGAUGUCUUCCUGACAGCCACUAGAGGGUGCUUACUUUGAUCACGUCAGACUGUUGUGAUGUUUGAUAUCCUCAAACGCCUAGGGAAGCCGCUUAAUAUAAUGGUUCUGGUGUCUAUUCCUAAUCCUUGCUAAAAAGCAAGGAGACGAUUGAGCGCACUGCAAAGCACUCAACAUAAAACUCCUAUCAGGUCCACUUUGGACUCCAAAUGAGUAUUACGAUGAUGGCAUUUAAGGGGUAAAUGUGGUGCAAUGUUCUGAUACUGCAGCACCAGUGUCUUGGGAACCAGCUUCCUCCUGCAGUAGGGAGAUAGUUAUGGCUGAAACCCAUCAGUGUGCCAGGAUUUGACAAUGCUAAUUCUGAUAUUGGGUUGCCAUCUAGCUCUGCUCACAGCUGAUUGGUUCCCACUGCUGCUUAUCACAGCAAGGAUAUAACUGAAUCCCCAGCAUCUUAAUGAGCCUGCUUUUACAAUGUUGUCGACUUGAUCCCUAAUGAUUCUUAGACAGGCACAGGCAUAAUUUGUAAGCUGCAAUGUCUGAGACCUAAACAUACAUUUGGAAAACUUGCAUUAAUCAAUUACUGCUAGUUCCAUAAAAUUAACUUCAUUUUCCGCAUGGAAAAUGGAUUAGAAUCGUCACGUGGACAUACAGUAACAGGCUCAGAGCUAGUAGUUCAACAGCAGUCUGCAUUUCGUACAACAAAAACUUUGAUCAGGCUAAACAAAAGCUACCUCAUCUCUAGGAUAGUGGUGGAAACUAGCUCGUAAUUCUAGAAAGAGGAAUUAAAUCUCCCAUCAAGUAUACUGAAAACCCCAGACGCCAGGACUAGUACACUGCAUAUCGCAGUAUGGGGUGCUUCGGCUUAACUGCAAAGUACAAAAUCCCAAUCCCCAAAUUUUCUAAUUCAGAGUCAGUCACUAUACACAAUGCAGCAAGGUUAAAGGAACACUAUAGUCACCUAAAUUACUUUAGCUAAAUAAAGCAGUUUUAGUGUAUAGAUCAUUCCCCUGCAAUUUCACUGCUCAAUUCACUGUCAUUUAGGAGUUAAAUCACUUUGUUUCUGUUUAUGCAGCCUAGCCACACCUCCCCUGGCUAUGAUUGACAGAGCCUGCAUGAAAGAAAAAAACUGGUUUCACUUUCAAACAGAUGUAAUUUACCUUAAAUAAUUGUAUCUCAAUCUCUAAAUUGAACUCUAAUCACAUACAGGAGGCUCUUGCAUGGUCUAGCAAGCUAUUAACAUAGCAGGGGAUAAGAAAAUCUUAAUUAAACAGAACUUGCAAUAAAGAAAGCCUAAAUAGGGCUCUCUUUACAGGAAGUGUUUAUGGAAGGCUGUGCAAGUCACAUGCAGGGAGGUGUGACUAGGGUUCAUAAACAAAGGGAUUUAACUCCAAAAUGGCAGAGGAUUGAGCAGUGAGGCUGCAGGGGCAUGUUCUAUACACCAAAACUGCUUCAUUAAGCUAAAGUUAUUCAGGUGACUAUAGUGUUCCUUUAAGAAACAUUCAUAAUUUGGUCACUAUAAAUAUACAAGGUUAUCAAACCUGCAUAAUCACCUCUAAAUCUUGUCACUCCAAAAUGUAUUAAAGGACCACUAUAGUGCCAGGAAAACAUACUCGUUUUCCUGGCACUAUAGUGCCCUGAGGGUGCUCCCACCCUCAGGGACCCCCUCCCUCCCGGCUCCGGAAGGGGGAAAGGGGUAAAAACUUACCUUUUUCCAGCACUGGGCGGGGAGCUCUCCUCUUUCUCUCCUCCUCCGUUCCUCCUCCUGGGCUGAAUGCGCACGCGCGGCAAGAGCUGCGCGCAUUCAGCAAUCACUGAGAAGCAUUUACAAUGCUUUCCUGUGGACUUGCGUGCUCUCACUGUGAAAUCACGGUGAGAAGCGCAUAAGCGCCUCAAUGGCUGUCAAUGGGAACCAGCCACUAGAGACCAGGGAAGGCUUAACCCAUUCAUAAACAUAGCAGUUUCUCUGAAACUGCUAUGUUUAUAAAAAAAAAUGGGUUAACCCUAGAAGGACUUGGCACCCAGACCACUUCAUUAAGCUGAAGUGGUCUGGGUGCCUAGAGUGGUCCUUUAAUUUAAUGCAUCACUAUCACCAAAAUUGCAUUUUAUGUAUUAUAAUUCUCAUUUGCAUCCUGUCAGAAUGUUUUGGUUUUAUUUUCAAAAAAAAUUUCCUCUGAGCUUUUUUAUUUUUUUAAAAUACCCUCUUGCUGACGUAUACGUGUAAAAUUAACAAACCUUAACAUAAGUGGCCCUGGACUAAGCUCCUCCUAUUGUCAAGUUCUUUCUACCACCAUUCUUCCAUAUCCUCCUGAAUCUGUCUUCUUCCGUGUUUUUUGUUUAAUACAAUCUUUUUGUUAUGCUCAACCAGUCCAUUGUCAGCAAAGCCCUCUACUUCUGGCGGGUCCUCUUUAGCUCUGGCGCUUCAGCAUGCGCAAGUACAGCAUUGAGUUCUAUGGGAUCCUCCAUAGAUGGUUGCAAUGAGCUAACUUCAUCACUGGUGGGGUUGACACUUCAGGUGACGAUAGCUCCCCAGUGUCUAGAAGUGUCAGGCGUAUUAAAAAUACAGAGACAAAGUUGUUUUCCUGGCACUUUAGUUUCCUUUGAAGAUGCAAAAAAAACUGCUGCUUUAAACCUCUGGAUAUACAGAGAAAUUAAUACAUUAUCAAUAAGUUAUGAGACCAGAAUAAAAAUAGUGGAAAAACAAAGUAAUGUCUACGUUCUUAUAAAUUUUAUUUUUAUAUAUCUCUUAAACUGUGACUCCUAGCAACUGAAAAUGACUGUAGAUUCUUAUUGUGAAUCCUUUUUUUUUUUUUUUUUUAAAUAUAUAUUUUUUGAUUCAGAGGCACCUAAUUCACUAUUUCAUGAAGAGAAACUCACACCAACAUUUUGAACCCAUUAAGUGUUUUCGAACAGUAGUCAGUAGAUUAUGAGUGUCAGUGUUCUAUAAAUGUUCCCUAAUAAAUCUUUCAACAUGUGCUCCAGUUCCUCCACAUAUUGCACAUUGUAAACACUUCUCGAAAAGCAAUUAAUGUGUACAAAUUAGGAAACUUGGCUUUUAAGUCCGAAAACUCCCUUCUUAAAGCAGAAUAACAUGAUUUAUAAAGAUGAGAUUGUGCAAACGACGUGCUCCUACUGUCCAGUGCCCCUGUAUCAGCCAUCUUGUUGGCCAGUGGCAGGGCUAAGAAACAGAAGAAGCUCCUGGCCAGCGCCCAGAACUGCUUGUCCUGGGCAUCGGGCAAUAGAUAUGAUGGCUUGAAAGAUAUUGGGUGGGGGGAACUCCCCUGUUCGUGUUAAUGCUGUUAAUGCAAAUUAACUGAUUUUUGUCAUUACUUUUUAUGCACUUCUUUACAGUUGCUCAGAACAGUGAAAAAAUUCAAGACAGCCCUUGUGUGUUUGUCCUAUCUCCUAGGCAAGUGGACCUGAUUAAGAACUCAAGGUAUGUUAUUUAAUUUACCCAUAAAAGGUUUGUUUAUAAGAACUGCAGCCUUUGCAUACUCUUAAGAUCUACCCCAAUGAAAACAUGCAUGAAAAAAUGUAUGUAUUCGUUAGAGGUAUAUCUACUAAGCAGGGAUUUUACCCAUGUGGGCAGUAGUGUUCCUUUAAGUGUUGCUGGGUGAUGUGUAACCUCUAGUUCCUGUCCUUCUUGCCAAGUGCAGAAACACAUUAUUGGCUCUUCUGGUUGCAUUGCUAUAGAUUUACAGUUUUCUAGUUUUUAUUCAUAUUGAAGUAGAUCAUACACACUGAAUAACCUGAAACAUUACAAAGGUGAGCAGUAAAGUGCCAGUGGUUACCAAAACCUAAAAAAUAAUGUACAAUCUGUAUUGCAAUAACAAUGUGAGAAAAUGGGGUUGACAAGACAGGUAAUUAUACCCUAAAAAUGCAGUUCUCCACUUUCAUGGAAAGGCAUAGAAUGCAAUAUUGUUGGUGUGUGUGUAUAGUUUUACUAUCAGAAGGCACUGGGGAAACUGGAAGAACUUCUGACAGGAUGAAAUCUUGAAGUUUCAAUGAGGAUGGUUCCUCAUAACUUUUUUUAUUUUUAUUUUUUUAUAAAAGAAAUCCAUUGUAUAAUAGAAACACAGAAUGUGAUUAAAUUGACAUGCCCCCUUCCCACUGAGAGCAUCUUGGCCACAAAGACUACUGCAUUAAUCUGUAGUGUUCCUUAACAGAAAAAAGUUACAUCACUGAUACCUAAAAACCUAAUUUCCCCAGUUUUCGGAACGAAAGCUAGCCUGUAGACCACGAGUGCCCAAAAGGUAACUCCCCAGAUGUUUUAGUACUACAGCUUCCAUAAUACUUUGUCAUUUAAAGGCAUGCAGGGCUUCAUGGAGGUUGUAGUUCUAAAACAUCUGGGGAUCUACCUUUUUGGGCACCCCUGCUCUAGACAUUUAACUGAAGAGGAACCCAUAUCCAUGCACUUGCUUAAAGAAAUUCUCAAAAUGUCACUUCAGAUACUGGAAAAGAAACAAAAUCCACUUAAAAAGUUUUUAAACGGGCGGGGCCUGACUAGCAUGAUGGCCGGACGUGUUUUUACAUAGCUCCAGCACUAGACCACAUAAACACAGGCUAAACUGCCUUUAAACGAAUAGGUAACCCUCCUGUUGUAGCUGUGGAUGGACACUACACCUACCUGCACCUACUGAGACCUUAACAGGAGCUGGCUCUACGGACAUCUGUGCCCGGCGUUUGGGAGAGGCGGCCAAUCUCCUGACCCGGCAAGCGCACGGCUUGGAGCCACUCCGCCGCCCCAAAUUCCCCAGUGUGUAUUUAGCUGUGUGUGUAUUUAGCUGUGUGUGUAUUUAGCGCCGUGUGUGUAUUUAGCGCCGUGUGUGUAUUUAGCGCCGUGUGUGUAUUUAGCGCCGUGUGUGUAUUUAGCGCCGUGUGUAUUUAGCGCUGUGUGUGUAUUUAGCGCCGUGUGUGUAUUUAGCGCCGUGUGUGUAUUUAGCGCCGUGUGUGUAUUUAGCGCCGUGUGUGUAUUUAGCGCCGUGUGUGUGUAUUUAGCGCCGUGUGUGUAUUUAGCGCCGUGUGUGUGUAUUUAGCGCCGUGUGUGUGUAUUUAGCGCCGUGUGUGUGUGUGUAUUUAGCGCCGUGUGUGUGUGUAUUUAGCGCCGUGUGUGUGUGUAUUUAGCGCCGUGUGUGUGUGUAUUUAGCGCCGUGUGUAUUUAGAGCGCCGUGUGUAUUUAGAGCCGUGUAUAUUUAGAGCCGUGUAUAUUUAGAGCCGUGUAUGUGUAUUUAGAGCCGUGUGUGUAUUUAGAGCCGUGUGUGUGUGUGUAUUGCAUUAGUUGGAGAUACUAAUAAAUAUAAGCUUAAUUUUAUCUAUUUAUAUCCUUAUUUAAAAUUUGUAUCAUUGAACUCUGUGUUCUUCUUUUAAAACAAAAGUUGUUAAUUAGUUCGGACAACUUUACGAGUUUUUUUUUUUCUUCUAAACUUAAACAUCAGUAUUCAGGUUUAAUUGCCGUGUUGGCACUUUGAGGAAAAAAAAAGUUGGCAUGUAUUGCGGUUUGGGCACUCAGGCUCAAAAAGGUUCGCCAUCACUGAUCUAGCGUAUAUAGCCCACUGUCUGACCACCCAAAUAGAAUUCUGUUCAUGAUGUCUAUUUUCUAAACAAAAGCGGUGUUCCUUAGGUGUUAUGCUACCACUGACAACCAACCUCACCGCACAUGCUAAUGCUUAACUGUUUUCUCAAGCCAUAUUUUUCAAAAAGUGCAAUUUCCUUCAUUUGCCAUGUUAUUGUUUCAAACUGUAUGAUGAUAUAAGACUUGUUCAAGCUGUUGUGGCAAUACAAGCUGGUUGUAACCAUCUGCACAAUAUAAAUAAAGAAUAAAAAAAAAUUUUUUUUUAUUUAUUUUUUUUUUUUUUACGGCAGAAUCCAAAAUGCAGCUGAGUGGAACCAUUUAACCCCUUAAGGUCACAUGUCAUGUGACAUGUCAUGAUUCCCUUUUAUUCCAGAAGCUUGGUCCUUAAGGGGUUAAGGCAAUGAUACAUUUUGAGCCCUAACCUAGAAUUCUGCAAAAACUUCCCUUACUCUACGAAGGGUAUGCUGUCUUGUAGAGAUUUGAAAGGAAAUAUCAAUUUGGUGAGGAGCAGUUAGAGAACUUUUCCAGUUUGGCUUUUUUUGGCCGAGCGUUUGUAAUUGUCUUAACAUGUCUAUACAGUUUCCAGUAUAGUGAUUAAACCUCAUGGUUUGUAUGUAUGGUUUUAUCUUGGUGGGAAAGCUGCAUAUCAUGACAUAAUCAUCAUAGUGUUUGUGCAUUUGUAAAAUUGUGCUUCUUUGGUAAAAUUUGUGACUCUUUGCUCUUUUACCAUUAUAAUCUUGCAGUUCAGUCUCAAUCACAUGAUUUCUACUUUUUCAUUUCUAGAGAUUUGCACCCUGGCAUCAAAUCUGUUCAAGUUGUCCUGAGGUAAGACUCCUACAGACCACCACAACACAAACUUCUUUGUGCUAGGAAGAGUAUUUGCCUGACACCACAACAUUUUCAUGUGGUUAUCUAAUGAAACUGAAUGUGAUAUUUACAAUAUUAAAAUGUUUUAUGCUUUUUUCCCCCUCUCCUACUCCCCCUUUUUGGUAAACGUGCACUCCGAUUGUAGUACCUAUGUUUUGUGUGAUAGACCAGAGGGGCUACCCAACCUGUCAAACAGCAAUGUAAAAUGCUCUUUUCUGGCUUUGUGCACCUGUUGUGUCUGGUGUCCACACACACAUCAUGCUAAAGCCAUAAUCCUUGGACAGGUUGCCCAUGGCUGGGUGAGCUAAUCAAACAAGAUGUCUUAUUGUCCUAGUGUGAUUCUUAUUGAGCUUGGUCUUAGUUAAAAUAGACAUGUAAUGUAACUUGCCAAUUGGUUCAUAUGAAAUAUUACUCCAUUCAAUGCUUAUUUAACCUCCAAUAGCUUUUUAAAGCUGGUCACAUACAAAAAAUACUUUGUAAAUGCAAAUUCCUAAAUUUGUUUAAAUUACCCAUCUCUAUGAGAAACAUUGGACUUGAGAUUACUUCUUAAAGGAACAUUACAGAUAAAACGGCUUGCCUCCAUACAACGGGGGAGUGGUUAUAGUGCUUGAGAUCUGCCAGGCACAGUUUAUACAGUCCUGCUUCCUGGGUUCAUCACAUUACAGCAUACACAUGUGUGCUGUAAGUGAUCCUCACAUUUUUAUGCAUAAUAUAUGCUCUUUAAAAAAAAAAAAAAAAAAAACAUGCAAGGGGUUUCCUGAGUCCCCUCCCAGGGGCAUUCCUUGAGGGGACUACAUGGGGGACUUAUUGUACAGGACAUUUCUCCCAUCAGGCACUGCUGCACGAGAGGGAUCCUCCCACAGGAAUGUACCGUUAAGUGGAUUAUCCCUCCGUGCAGCAGAAUUUACAAUUCGCAUUAAAUUCCAUAACUUCAUGAAUAUCUGGUCCAUUUAAACGAAUGGACGUUCGGUAGAUAGCUGGGGUCUGAACGCAUCAUUCGUGAGAUUACCGCUCAGAUCCCAGCUAAAACAACCGAACGCUGCACAAAAAACACGUUCAUUAAAACAUAGCUUCAAAAUACCGAUUGCAUAUAAGGGAACAGAAUACCGAACGUCCCGGACCUCCCGAACGGCCUGGAAGCUCAGCGGUGUUCGUGCCGUCGAGUAGCUGUUUUUAGUACCAUGCGCUCAACGGCCAAACACCGCUGAGGGAACAAAGGAUCCAAGAUGGCCGACCGCCGCAUGGUCGGUAUCGAACGGCCACCUUGGAGAGCCUCUAAUUACCGAUUGCAACAUUGUUGCAAUCGGUUAAUAGGCGCCACACGCCUCUAAGUGUGUGGGCUAUUAACUGAUGUUUUGUUCGGUUCCCGAACGGCCCGCAAAGGUGCCGUUUGUGAAACGAAAGGGAAUCGGCUAUCUGCUUUUGGCAGAUAGCCCAGGCAGGAAAUACAGCAUUACUAUUACAUUAUAUUUCACGCUGGAACACAUAACAUGAAACCCAUACCGGCAACCCUUAAAGAGACAGUACAGAAAUAAUGUCCAAGUGGCUAGGUUUGCCACAGAAUGUUACCAGCGCCAUCUUCUAAACAAGCUCAAAAAAGAUUGGUAUAACUUAACCAUAGGGGAAGGAAUUGUGAUGUACGCCAUAUUGGGUCGCAAGUAAGGUGUGUGUGACCUAUGUAUUGAAUGGAAAAUAAUAACAAAUUCGUAGAUGCAAUUAUUUCUGUGGCAGGUACAUAAGAGAAGAUAGAACCAAAUAUUUCCAUUUGAUUGAUUUCGGUCUGGAACACAAGGGUGUGGUCACUCUCUCUCUCUAUAGAUACACCUUAGCUCCACCUCUAGACCAGGCUAUUAAUCCACAGGGUGUAUAUCCAAUGAUACUGAAAUGUCUGUGUACUUGCUUGGGGACAAAAUCAAAUUUUGAGUAAAUCACGAUCUUUCUUUCCGAAGACCCCCCGGGCAGAAGUUUUACUUUUAAAACAUGAGUAAGUGUUUAGGACUUAUUUUAUCCCUUUUGUUUUUCUGUUGGUGUAAAAAAUUUGUUUUUGAUCUAAUUUUUUUGUGUGUGUGUGCACUCUGUGACUUUUUUAUAAUAUUCCUUUUUAUAAAGUUCCGCCUUUGUCUGGUUAAGGAUCAUGUUGCCUGGAGAGACUAGUAUUUUAGCAUUCCUUAAAUAUUGUGCUAAGUUGUAUUUGGUGUGUUUUUAUUAUUAAUUUACCCGGGGGACCAAGACACCCCAUUUAUGAAUUGUCUUGGUGGCGGCAGCGUUAAGAGUAAUAGUUAUAUUAUGUUUAAGGGUGGGGGGUGUUAAUGGGGUUUUUGUCAUUAUUUUUGGUCUAGUGCAGACAAAUAGUGAACUUUAACCCUUUCACCACCACAACUACGUCACACACACCCUCUUGACGUAGGGUGCAUUUGUGACACUGGGUACUUUAGAAAAAAAGUCUUUAAGUCCCAGUAAUGCAUUUAUAGGUCUUCUGUUUAUUUAAAAUUGUUUUCUCUACCUUAUCUUGACAUUUUCCACUUAAGCUGUUUCUUCAGUAAUCGUAGACUUGCUGAAAACACUAGUUUCAGAUUAUUUGAAAUCUUUCUUUAGUCUUUGCUCCUCUUUUCGGUUAUUGAUAUGUUUAUCUUUCUUUUAAAGAAUGGCUUUUUUUUGUUUUUUCUCCUCUUGUUAAUCCCUCUUCCUUAUUGCCUACCUAGGCUGUUUGUGUUCUUGUAAUACAUUUUUAAAUGGCUUUAAGUUGUAUUUUAAAAUUUUAACUUUUUUUUAAAUCUAAUUGAAAUUGCGUGAAUAACACCAAUGUAUCCAGGAAAAAAGUUGUUGUUUUUUUUUGUUUUUUGUUUUUUCUGGGUGCCAACACAUUUUGUUUGUCUGAUUAUUUUGACUUUCUUCUUUAGGAUCUGUUACUCUGACGUAAGCUGCCCACAAGAGGAUCAGUACCCUCCCAACAUUGCAGUGAAGGUCAACCACAACUACUGCUCAGUGCCAGUGAGUGAAGACCACUUUACCCAUAUCUUUUUAUUGUUCUAACAUUUUCAGUUAAUGGUUUAGUUAUUUCAAGUUUUCAUCUAGUAUAGAAUAUCAAAAGCAAAGUACAAAACAAGCUACAAAGUUUAAAAUAAACCCCUUAUUGAUAGACUUCGCACCCUGAACAUCACUAUGGCGAAAAGUGACUGCCAACAUGCAGCUCAUGAUGGCCCCUUAAAUGCCAACCAAAUGUCAAGUUUCUGCUGCCCAAGGCAUCAUGUUGCUAAUCUAUGUAUCACUUCCUUCUUAUUUUCAUUUUAUCACCACUAAAUCUUUAAACCUACCUAUUUUGACAUAAAUAACAUCCUAAACUAAGAUUAGAAUCAGAAUUUUGCUUAUAAAUAGUUUUUUGCCUUAAUUUCAACCCUAACAGUGAUUCUAGCUGAGUGCUAAGUGUGAUCACUGCAAGCCAGUCAUUGUGAUUGGAUACCAUAGGUGUCUGUUAAAGGGUCUCUCCAGUGCCAGGAAAACAAACAGUUUUCCUGGCACUGCAGGUUUCCUCUCCCCUUCAGUGACUUGCCUGUAUCCAGCGCCGAUGUCCCUCGGCGCUGGUUCAGGAUCCGCCCACGCUCCUCCCCGCCGUCAUCCGGCGGGGGAGACUUAAGGCGCAUGCGCGGCAUUGCCGCGUACGUGCAUUAGACCUCCCCAUAGGAAAGCAUUUCAGCGACGCUGGAGGUCCUCACGUAGCAUGAGAACGUCCAGCGAUGUUAUAACACACUUUUCAUGUGCUAUAAUCACGUAAGUGCCCUCUAAUGGCUGUCUACUAGACAGCUACUAGAGGAGGAGUUAACCCUGCAAGGUAAAUUUUGCAGUUAAUGAAAACUGCAAUAACUACACUUGCAGGCUUAAGGGGAGUGGGAGUUGGCACCCAGACCACUCCAAUGGGUGCCUGGAGUAGGUCUGGGUGCCUGGGGUGUCCCUUUAAGGUGAUGCAGAGCAGUCACUGGGAUUGGCUCCCACAGCGACUUAAAGCGCCAGCACGCAAAUCAAAGUUGCUGGACUGCCUCACUUGUGAGACUUCCACCAAUAGUCCAAUACAUGCCAGGGUAGGCUUGUAUUGGAGAAAGACAUGAAUCCACAUCUGCCUUAUGCCAGUGGUUAUUGGCCAUCUGUGCCAUGGUACCACGAUCUGGGCUUUCCAAUGGAGGGGAUGAUGCUGAAAGGCCCCACUUAUGAGUCAUGCAGCCUACUACAGGAGCCUUUUAAAUAGCUGAUGUUCAGGGUACUUGAACGGUCCUUAAGGGUAUUCUCUGUAUGGAUGUGCCGAUCACUAAUGGAUUGAACAUCAAGACCAUAAGGACUUGAUACAAUCUUAGCAGUAGAUUCUGCACACUGUUGAAUGUUUUUACUUCACUGUGUCUGCAUGCUGAGAAGUGUAAAACGUAUUCAUUUGUUUUUCUUCCAUCUCUCACAGGGCUACUAUCCCUCGAAUAAACCUGGUGUGGAACCCAAGAGACCUUGUCGUCCAAUUAAUCUCACUAACCUUAUGUACCUGUCGUCGGCCAGUAAUAGAGUUACCGUGACUUGGGGUAAUUAUGGCAAGGUGAGUGUUUACCAGCUACCUGUGAAAUAGAGGUUUUGCAGAUUAAUGUUUUUAAGAAGAUUAAUGCAAUUAGAAAACUUCUAACUGGGUAACUUUCAAUUGAUUCACCUUUUUGCAUGCCAUUUAAACUUUUUCUGCUGUAAUCAUUAAGGCGAAAAUGUCAUGAAACGUUAAAAGGUGCUUUUGCAUUUUCCACGCACUUAAGUCUAAGAUUAACAUCUUAUUGAAAUAGAUGGAAGUAUAAAAAUUUAUCGAAUCAAGUGUUAGUUGAUUGGGAGAAAAUAGCAAAGCUAAAUAUAUAUAAACACUACUUGGUAUAGAAACCUUUUCCCUCCACUUUCAAAUGAGACUUUGAUGCAUUUUGAUGGCUCUAGAUACACAAGUACAUUUCGGUGAAUUCAACAUUCCCCUUGUAGCUUAGACAGCAGGGUUUUACUGCAGUUCCACCUGGAAUUAAAAACGGUUUAUUUCACCACUCUUUUAGACUACACUUAUGAAUGUCAAAAUACUCACAAGCUUCCGACUAUAAUGCAAUUUUUUUUUUUUUUAUCUUUUGACAAAUUGGUAAGUUACUCACAAUUCUAUGCGAUCAUUUUUAUGCAGCUCAGUAGAGCUAAACUCAAGAGCCUUGCAAAGACUUCUCAUUGAAGUCACUGUAUUGAUAAGUCUGUGAUGGACAGCCACAAAGUCUGGGCGGGUUUAGGAGAGGUCUUGCAAAGGCAGCAGCCAAGAGAACUCCUGCUUUUGCAAAUUGUUUUUAGAUUUACCCGAUUGAAAAAUACAUAAUUAAAUGCAUGUUUUCAUUGGAGUUAUAUCUACUAAACAGUGUUUAUUUUUGGGCAGUUUAGUGUUCCUUUGAUACUAAAUAGUUUUCAGUAUUUUGUUUUUAUUUGGUUUAUUGUAUUCCAGUUUCAGCAUAAACUUGAACUGAAAUAUAUCAUUAGGACACGUCAGCUAACUGAAAUUAUGGCAGAAUUUAACACUGUAAAUAAUCGACCAUAUCCUAUCAAGCUGUAAAAAAAAAGAGGAAAAUGUUGAUGAAUCUUAAAAUCAAAGGUGACUUUUUGAUAAGAGAGAAUGGAGCUUGCGAAAAUAUGAAAUGUGUAUAUAUCCCUUCUUAUGCUUGGAUUGCAAAUUUGAAUGGUGGAUAAAGUUUCACACUAAUAGCAUUGUUUAAAUGGUUUCCUUAUUUCCGUGUGUGUGCUUGUUUUUACAAGUACAUCUUGGCCAACAUUACAGAUCUUUGAUAUCUGUUAUUAGUGUGACUGUUUUGGAUUAGCAUAAAAUUCAAUGUUUCAUAUUUUAGCUGGUAGUGUUUGCUCUUGAAAUACAUAUUACCACAAGCAGACUAACCUUUUGCACAUUACAGUUCACGAUCAGGUUUAAUGAGCACAAAAUAUGUUUGUAGACAAUAGUACAAGGGGUUGGACACUGUAGGACUAUUGUAGUUUUGAUGCCCAAAGGCCACUUGCUGUGGUCUGGCUUCGAUGCACCUUUGCUUUAGAGAGUCCAAAUCCCAGAGCACAAUGUACGAACACCUGACUAACAAAUGAUCUAUAACACAAACUGCAAGAACAUAUAUUAAUAUCUAGUGGCUAAUACUAGAGUAAAAUAUGGUUAAAGUGAUUAAUCGUAUCUAAAUAUAGGAUGCAUUUUGCUGCCAUCAACAAUAGAAUGCAGAGUAAGUUCUUUAGUUCAGGGAGAACAACAGACAGGAGUGCCAGUGUCGUCCUGUACAAUCUGAAUGUCUGGCUGGUAACCAAUCCACUUUAUGAAUUGGUGUACUCCGCAAUGUGGUUCGUUCCAAACAGUGGAUUUGACUUUUAUUCUUGUCUAGCUGAUGAAAUUCUCCUUCGUCCUGGUCGAGUUUUCCCUUCAGAGAUAUUCUGCAGCAUACAGUCAGUAGUGAUGGAACAUGUGCAUUGAAUGUGAGCAGGAGGUUAGUGAUGCUUUAUACUCUACCACAUCAUAUGAACAUUGCACUAGGCUUGUCUCAGUAGGACAUAGCGGUCACUAGAUCAUGAUCACCAUAGGGUCUCUGGUUCUCGACUAGACCAAGAUUACUUUUUCUUGUGCUCUUUUCGAGCAUGCUUUGCUACUCUAGGCAAUGAUGAGGUCUGUGCCUCUGAUUAGGUGCAUUGUUGCUUUUGAAUAACCCCAGCCUGUCUCUUUUGGGCAUAUGCAGUCCAGAUUAUGUUAUGUAAACAUAUGUGGCUUGUCUCCUAAAAGAUUGAAGGGUAAAUGUUUUGGUUUUUAAGAAACUAAAUUAAAACCAAUCCCCAAAUUCCUGUUAACAAAAGUUUAAACGGACUACUUUACUUGGAUGGUUAACAUCAGUACUACUUGUACAAUUUAUCUUUCAAAACUUCUUUGGUGUUUGCUUGCCAGAACUUGUGGAAGAUACCAAAACUGUCAAGAUCUUCCAAAAAAAUGUGAAUCUGCAUAAAUACCAAAGGUAUCUGGUGACUGUAAAGAUACCUAUGACAGUAGACUUAAAUGACUUAUGGAUUAGGACAAUGGGGUCAGCCACUAGAUGCAUUUCCUAGUGAAAGCUUUAAAAAAAAAAAAAGUCUCUUUACAACAACGUUGGGGGGGUGGGUGGAAUAAUACAAGAUCCCCUAGCUUUUUAGAGCAGUUCCUGGACCUUGAAUUGGUGACUUUGUCUGACAUGGGCUUGUCGGGAUCAUCAGUAUCCUUGCAGGCUAGGACUGUUGGUGUUCAUAUGUAUAAUUCGGUUUGGAAGGUGUAUCUUUUGUGGUUUUCAUACGGUUCUUUUACAAGUUCUGUUUUCCUAGGAGUUUUUUUUUAUUUUUUUUUAACUUUUUGUAGAUGCUCUUGAAGAAAGUUUUCUGACCAUAAAAUAUUUCUGCACCCCUGUGCUUUCAUAAAUGUUUGACACAAAGUAUUUGGCGUUUGUUUAUCCUGUUACUCAUUCUUGGAGUCUGCAUUCUGAUUUUUUUUUUAAAUUUUUUUUAUUUUUUUGGGGGGGGGGUGGUUAUCAUGACACCCAAAGCCCAUCCCCAUCUGUGCCACAUACACAAUCCUACCACUGCAAUUCAAAGUGUAAAUAUUGCUUGUCAUUUCAAGUUUCAUGUCUUAGGAACUGAGCUUGAUGAGAUCAGAUUUAAUUCAAGUUGAUUUAAAUCAAUAGUCCAUAAUGCCCUAUCUAAAUCAUGCAACCCCAGACUCGCUCCAUAGAAUUGGACUCUGCCCUUUAACUCUGUAGCUACCAUUGUAUGACCUGUGGCAUCUGUCCACUCAACUCCUAAUGAUAGACCCCAUUCAAUAGAGGGUUACCCAUAAAAUACACAAAGCCAGAUACAAUACAGACACCCAUUUUCUACAAAGAACCCAGUACAAAAAACAGAUUAAAAUGCACAGCUCUGAGCGUAAUAUGGAUACUCCUACAAUUAACACAGCUGGCCACAACCUGGAUACAUAGAGCUUGGGUAGACUACAUAAAUACCCAUACAACAGGCAUAGCUGACACCAUACAAUGGCUCUGUAUAAUGCGUAAACCUGCUGACACAGGAGAUUUUGUGAGAUCUGUCCCAUGUGUUGGGUUUUGUUUUUUUACAUGCCUAGUAGCUCUCAAACAGCCACCAAUGGGGGGAGGGACUCGGCAAAAUUGACACCUAUUACAGAAUUAGACUUGGGUUUUACUCAUUUUUGGGGGGGGGACACACAGGCAAUGUGUAAUUUUAUUCUAUUCUAUUUUUUUAUUUCAUUUUUAUCUUUAUUUUUGUUGUGCACAGAUUAACAAACUGCCUCAGUACGCCACAACAGCGGUGUUGAGGUAUAUAGAAAUUCAAAAUGCAAUACCUAUACAAGGUGUGAAAUUUGCUAUUUAGGCACAAUGUUUGUUUUAAGGUAAGAUAGAGUAAUGUCAGGCUAGUGAGAUCAAGAAUAGUAGGCUGAGUAAGUUUGAGCUGACCACCCAUUGGACCUGAGUUCGCAGGAUGUGCUUCACAGGUAAGCAUGCUGGGGGGGUUUGUGGAGCACUUGUAGGAAGCCUGUGGUGCAACUUAUCCCUGAAGCAUUAGAAGAGGAUGUCCAGCCUGGACAGGACGUCGUUCACCGUGAAGGCCGCACCUGUAUACGCCUGUGGAACCUGCGUGCCUGCCACCAUCUUGAGGUCGGCCCCUCUGCACACUGCAGCCUGGGGUAAAGUGAGUCUGAGUGCGGGUAGGCGUUGGCUGCUGUGGAGGUGGAGACCGGGAUAACCCCCGCCGGUCCAAAAGGGGGGUGGGGGGGAUGCAGAGCUCAACCGCCGUUCUUCUAGUUCUUCACCAUUUGAGAUUGUGCCUUCCUUCUCUUUUUAACCCCUUAAGGACCAAACUUCUGGAAGAAAAGGGAAUCAUGACAUUCACACGUCAUGUGUCCUUAAGGGGUUAAGCCGCCUGCUUGGAAUAUAUACCAUAAACAAGUGGUUUUCAACCACUGGUUCGCGGACCGGCAAUAAAUUGCCGCAAAAUAUUUGCCCGGUGCUAUGAUUAUAGCACCGGGAACCGUGCCUCCCUCUUCCUUGCCGGCUCUGCAGGACCGGAAGGGAGAUCAGAGACCGCUCGCAGUGGGAUGCUGGCAGGGGAGGGAGAGAGGACCCGGGGGAGCUCUAACUUGCAGCUCAGCUGGUUCUCUUCGAGCUCGGAUCUUUGCAGUUACCACAGCAACUCUCCGAAUCCUGCAAGAGUGAACUCUAGUAGCUCCUAAGGUUGCUAGAGUUCACUCUCACCACUUGGACCGCAAGGGCCGUUCCCCCGGAACACCAGGGAUCGCAUGAAAUGUUCCCCCCCUCCCAGGCAGGGAGGGGGGGAUAUAUAUAAAAAAAAAAAAAAAUUAUAUAUAGUAAUAUGCCCUCCAUCCAUACACACACACUGCAUCCCAUUGGUUUUUAUUUCUGGCUGAUGCUGGUCCACAAAAUAUUUCUCCUUUUUUCGCUGGGCCGCGGGUGCUAAAAGGUUGCUCAACACUGGCAUAAACUAUUUACUAAUUGCAACUUGUCUUGAAUCUGCAGUUUGUUUUCCUUUUAUCGUUUAUUUGGUAAUGACUUAAUUUAUUUUGUUCAUACAGUCCUUUUGUUUUGUUUUUUUUGUUUUUUUUCUAAUUACAGAAAAUUGCCAGUUGACAAAAGAUUCUAUUCAGAUUGGAAAGAUAGUUUAAAAUAUAGUUUAUGUAUCAGGCAUUCCAGAACUGAAAAUUAUGAUGUAUCUAAAUGUUUGUUCUUAAACAUUGUGUAUUUAUGUGUAUGUAUAAUCUUUUAUGUUAAAUCGCAAUUGUCUUUUUAAUUCUUGUUUUUCAUUCCCAGAGUUACUCAGUGGGUCUGUACCUGGUAAGACAAAGAACUUCAUCUGAACUCUUGCAGAGGUUGAAAACUAUUGGUGUCAAACACCCUGAGAUAUGCAAAACCCAAGGUAAGAAAAAAGGCAAUACUGUAUUAUGCAGAGUUGACACUUUUUAUGUUUAUGCUUUGAAGCAGUAGUGUUCAUUUUCCUCCCGUAUCUUUUCAGUCCGAGAGAAGUUGCGUCUGGACCCGGACAGUGAGAUAGCCACCACAGGAGUCAGAGUAUCCCUGAUAUGUCCGGUAAGAUUUACAAGGAGAAACCAUGCGAAAAUUCAGCAAUAAGAGUUCAGAGAAGUCGGUCAAAACACCGCCAUAACGAUAUCCUCUGAACAGCUAGCUGCUCCUAGACUGCAAAAUAAUAGAACUUGUUAGUACUUUGACAAGACUUCACUGAGAACGUGACAACGUCAUCUAAUCUAAUAAAUGAAGGCUAAUGAACAAUUUAACAAAUUAGGGGAAGUUACUAAAAGUGGUAAGCACAUAAUCCAAUCAAGGGAGAUGAUGAGGAGGGUUUGUCCUAGAGACCUAACUAAACAAGUCAUUCAGUUACUUCAUUGUUUAUCAAAUGCACUGGGUUUGUCUAAGCGUUCCAGGUUCUUUAUUGUAUGGCUCUGUAAAACCAUAUACUACUUAAAUGAAGAUUAGGUUCAAUGGUUAGGUUGCAGUUUAUUAUGGAAGAUGUUUUUAUUUUUUUUUAUUUUUUCUAGUCUGUUUUGUUUGCUGCAGGGUUGUGUGCUUCAACUCUAUUUGUAAAACAAACACCUCUGACUCCUUAAUUUUUGGCACCUCCAGCUAUUCAUAUACACUAAUGGCUAAAAUUGUGGAAUCCAUUUGGAUAAAUGGUAUUUCUAAGGUUUGGCUCAAUAACAAGUAGUUUUUUAUUUUAUUUUUUAUUUCCUAUUAGAAAGGUAAUGUCAUGCAGUAUGUAGUGUUGAAUUAGCUAUAUUCCAUCAAAGUUAUAGAUAAAUAACGGAAAAAAGAACACAUCUGCUUUUUGUAACAUGAAGGGGAUUUGCUUGACUCAAAACGGACACUCAGAGAAAUCCAAUCUUAUUUGUCAAUCAGGUCUUACGACACCGAUAGGGUUCGUAUGUCUGCUCUCCGAGCUAAUAGAACUCCUACUCUGUUACGAGUGGUUUUUGUUUACUGGUUUGUUGGCCAUGGAAUUUUCUAUUCCGUAAUAACUUCAUCUUAACAAGAUACAGUUUACCGAGUGAAAAGAGCUGACUGGUAACCUAUAAAGUGAUGUAAAAUAACUUUUUCAUAAGAAAAGUAGCUGUAAGUCUAAAGAAAGGCGUUAUUUCUAAAUUCUGAGUUUUAAAUUAAGUCUGCAAAUACCUCUGGUAGGAAAAGAUGCACAGCAGCAUGUAGUGAUAGAACAAUUAAAACCUGUGUUUAAGUGACAGAAUAAAAUGAUCUGAGCCAAUCAAUGGAAAUGUAAUUGUCUGUGUGGUUUGAAGAUGGUUGCUAGCACUGUUAGCUGCCGAGUCAGACUUUGGUUUAAAUUCUAGAAUUCCAAUGAAAAAGCCAUUUCUAUCUUCCAAACAAGGAAGAGAUCAGAAUGGUCUAAAACACCGUUAAUUAUUUGGAGGAACAAUGGGAUGCUCACCUGGAGUGAUGAGACAAGAAUAUCAAUAUUUGCUAGUGAUAGCAUAAAGUACGUGAGCAAAUGAAUAGGUCCUAAAUACAUUGCAGGUACCAGGAAGCAUUCAGUUAGCAUCAUGAUCUCCAGUUGUAUGACAACAAAAGGUGUGGGCAGAUUAUAUGGAUCGUAAUGUAAAUGACAAAAAAUAAAUCUGCAAUAUACUUGAGCGGCAACUGAAGCCUUCGACAUGUGAUCCUUUCAAGCAUAAUGAAGCCUAUACAUUGCAGCAGAAUUCAGUUGUCAUUUUGCUGUUCUGUGGAAUGAGUGAUUUCAGGAAAAUUAUAAUACAGUGCUAAAAGGGCCAGUAUUGGUCCUGACCUGAUUAUAAAACCUAUUUUAAAAUGUAAUUUUUAAAUUUAUUUAUUUUUUAAUAGUGUUGCAUUGUAUUUUGCCUUAAAUUAGCUUUAUAAUCUAUAAUGUAUUAUUCUAAAGGACUGUUAUGAACAAUUGAACCUUCAGAAAUACACAUUCCACAAUUUUGGCCACUGGUGUAUAAUUAUAUUCUGAUUACCAGAUUACAGUUAAGUACAAGUCAGACACCAUAGAACCAUGCACACUCAGGUACUUGAGAAAAGAAUUGUUUGAGUGUGUUUAUACUACACAAACUCCACAGCACCGUUUCGGUUACUAAAGCAUUAGAAAGAAUUUAAUUAGCUUCCAACACUUUUGUUAAGCGUUCAGUAUUUCAGUUUUCCUACACACUGUAUUUGAAUCAUACAUUUCAAGUCCCCAUCUGCCUUAAUUUUUCCAUAAGCGCGCUUCAUAUCUGUUUUUUAUUUUGUAGUUGGUGAAGAUGCGCUUGACUGUACCCUGCCGUGCAGAGACCUGUGCUCACCUCCAAUGCUUUGAUGCAGUCUUCUACCUGCAAAUGAAUGAAAAGAAACCAACAUGGAUGUGUCCAGUGUGCGACAAACCUGCCCAAUAUGACCAGCUUAUUAUAGAUGGGUGAGCAUUGUAUCUUGGUUUAUUUAGGGACUGUGACGGUAACGUUUAAGUGAGAUUGGUAAGAACUCAAUUGUCUUGUUUUAGGCUCUUAUCAAAGAUACUCAGCGAAUGCCGAGAUGCAGAUGAGAUAGAGUUCAUGGUGGAUGGAUCCUGGUGUCCUAUAAAAGCAGAAAAAGAGAGGAGCUGUAGCCCUGUCUGCCCUAUUCUGGAUUUGGGUAAGUUGAUUGUCUUUUACCUUUCAUUUAGCACGUCUUGUCUUGCCACAAAUGUGUUUUCUCUCAUUUUGUCUUAAUCUCCAAUGCUAGUUUAUAUUAACGUUGUUUUCUUAAGUGGCCUAGUGUUUAAUGGUGUUGUGUGUGUUUUUGUUUCUUUUCUCCCUUGUGGCAGGUUCUCCUGAAAUUACAGCAAAACUUCCCCCUCCAAGCAACCCAAUAUCCAAUGAGAAUGGAAAGCCUGGGCCAGAUGUAGUGGACCUAACACUUGAUAGCACUUCAUCUUCAUCAUCCUCUUCUGAAGAAGAGGAGGAAGAGGAAAGUCCUCCACAGAAGAGGCGAUGCUUUGAAAAAGGACUUCUGUCAGCCUGCUGAUGUCCUUCACCACCAAUCAGACUAAAAACCACACAUUGCAGGCAUAGACACAGGGUGGGGGUUGUGUCCCCAGUCCUAUGAAACCCUUUAUGAAUCACUACUUUCUCAAAGUCCCUUUCACCUAUUAAACCCAAUAAGAGGCAUAGAAAAUCACGUUCAGCUGGAAAUGGGUUAAAUAUUAAUCCAAUUAAUGUCCACUCUUUGAACUUUUCCCCCUUUUCUUUAAUUGCUAUUCUAAACUGAUUCUCGGGAGAGGGCUCGGAAUACAGACUCAAAAGGGAGAUGACCAUUCCAUGCAUCCUUUGCGACCAUCUCCUAUUCCUCCCUUCCGCCAGCUUGUACUAUUAGACAGCAUAUUCUCUUGUCUGCUCUGUGAUGUACUCUGGAGGGGUUGUAAUGAUAAACAAGAUAGUGUUUGCUCAUUAUUAGAGCUAUCGAAUGGUGUGAAUAUUUUGGUGGAGAAGAUGGACUUCAGAAGAGUAUUGAGCUAUAAAUCCUUAGAUCUAGGAUUGUGUCUGCAAUUGAGGAAGUAGAGAAGCAGUUUGUGUUUAGUUCUCCUGUUACAGAAAUGUAAGGGGAAACACGCUUUUAUUCAUUGUCCUUAGUGAUAUGCAAAAAGCGGGUGUGUUUAUAUUUUCUUGGGCAAUACCUGGGUGGAAGGGUCUACGCAAUGCUUUCAAUUCAACUACCUCUCUGCUAUUCAGGUUUUAUUUCUGUGUUAAGGGGAGAGGUUAUUGCUGCUCUACACACGUUCUCUUCCCUUUUUACAUCUUCCACUCAAAACGCCACCCUGCUGUCUAUAAUACAAAAUUUUGAACACACCCACUAUUGUCUCUUUGUUCUCAAAAUCUUUCACUCAAACUUUUUGUUCAACAUUUUGGGUGGAAAACUAGUUCUGGAUGGGCAGACACUCCUACGACCCACAGUUUAGGGUAAAUGUUCUAAAAUGCCGUGCAGAGAUCUUACUGGUCAUUCCCAUUAUAGAGAAGCAGGGGGUGCACAGUAAAAAAAUAUCCUGUUCUCAUGCUACUGUUCUGACUUUUUUUUUUUUUAAUGUGCUACAAGGAAUCAUACAUAACCACCACACCUGGAAAAAAAAACGGUUUUGUUUUGGGUUUUUUUUUUUUUUUUAAUUAAUAUAAUUGAAAUACCUUUUAUCUGGGCUACCACUUUAGAAUUGGGUAUUUAAAAAACAAAGAAAAAAGGUCUCUCUUUAUAGAACCUGUAACUUGAUGGUUUUCAUUCCUUUGUUCCCAGAUUUUGUUUUUUCCUUUUUGUAUGUCUUGUUUAUUGUGGUAAUAUAUUGCAGGAUAUGAUGCAGCUGGUUCAGGAUCCGCCUCCGCAUGAUAUCAUUGUCUUUCCUUUUACUUGUUUAACAGAAUUGCUUUUAAAACUUUCUGAGCAGUCUCUGGAUUCUGGAGCAGUUUUAUUUUCUUUUGUGUUUUUUUUUUUUGUUUUUUUUUUUUUAAUACAUGGUAAUUUGUUUGCAAAAUCUUUUGAAAUUUUUUAUUUUAUUCUAUUAUCUCUGUACAUUCCCCCUGAAGAUAAGAUUAAAAAAAACACUCAUGAAGAUAGUGUUUGUUACAAUAAAAUGAUUUACAAUUACACAAGCUGUGUAAGUAUGUUCCCCAAAUAUGUUUAUCCAUGCAGAUAGAUAAUCCACACUAAACAUCGUUUGAAAUAUAACUUUUUAGAUUUGUACCUUAGUUUGGCAAGCUCCAUCUAAUGGGUAUAUAACUCAUCUUCCACCUCUAUCUUCUACAAAUCCUGCACUGUGUAUAAAAUUGGUUUUGUUGAAUGAAAGUAGAGCCUAAAUAUAUAGUUGGGUUCUAUCAUUUAAAACCUAGAUUGUUAUCCAAAUACUUUGCAUAGACCCCAUGGCACUUGACUACUGAAAAAUCUAACCACAACCUCAACAUAUAGCGCCCUACACUUCUAGAAUGCUUGCAUUGUCCUGCAAAGUUUAACCCCUCAUGUUUAUUUUAUAGUCCUGAAGUGGGCUAACUUUCAUCCUUUGUAAUUUGAAAGCAAUGCAUUGCCUUGCCAAGUCAAACUGUAUGGACUGCCGAGUUGCGUGGAUGUGACCUAUUGAAUAAUUGCAUCUGUUCAGCAGUUGUGAAAAGGUACAUAUAUUUUGCUGUUAAAAUGGAGUGCGAAGUAUUAAAAUAGAACAUUUAAUGUUUAAAAAAAAAAAAAAAAAUUAUGUAUAAAGAGCAUUUCUGGGAAAAGUUCUAAAAUGGAGCAGUUGGGUAGAAAAUGCUGUUUUGUUUUUUUUUUUUGUUUUUUUUUAUGGUGAUUGCUCCACAUUUCAAUUUAGAAAAAUGUUUUGUCUUAAUUUUUCUAUUUUUCCAUAAAAUACUUUGUCUUAAUCAAGGAUGUAGGUGACCAGACCAUUGUCUCUGCUUAUCUCGUGUUUAUCAUUGGAUUAAAUUACAUUCUAUCCCGUAUAACAUUAGCUCAUGGAUGUAAGGCUUUUCACAACCUUCCUAUUACAUCGAUGAAAAAGACUUCCAUUCUUUGAUGUUUUCUACCAUUUCAUUGACCAUGCCUUUCUGACUCACAUUAAAGCUUUUGUGGCUCUUGCCUAGAGAGAAACAUGUUGCAUUUCUUCCUUAUAACUGUUAAUUCCUGGACAAUUCAUGCCCAUCUGUGCUUAGUCAUCAUCCCUCUUUGUCUAGUAUCCUAGCAAAAGGAGUUUUUUUUGUUUGUUUUUUUCGGUUGAAGCUCACCUGGUUUUACACUGAUCUUGAAGGAUGACUUCUUGGUAUUCAUCCAGCAUGUACGAUAAACUGCUCCCCUAAGAUAACCUUGCAUUGACCUUUAAUAUGCUUGUACAUAGUUGUUGCCUAUUCGGUGCCUCUUUUCUAGUGUAAAUAAACCCAGUUUGGCUAGACUCUUCCAUUCAUUUUAUACAAUUUGUAGUCUCUUUUUACUCUUCCCUCCUACAUAUCUUUCUAAAUGUUGCCCAGAAAACUCUGCUCUCCCUAACCGUAAAAUUUCACACACUACUCUUACAUCAGUAUAUUUUUCAUAACGGAAGAUAAUAUGUGUGGC